AGAAAAACACUUCGAGAGAAAUUCAAAUGAGGCAAAUGCUAAUUUCCCUAGAUGGACAAAGCCAGCAGAUGAUAACUACAAAUGCAACUUUGAUGCAAGUUUCAACUAUAAAACAAACAAUUUCGACGAAAAUAAGAAAAACUUAGAGAGAAAUUCAAAUGAGGCAAAUGCUAAUUUCCCUUGAUGGACAAAGCCACCAGAUGAUAACUACAAAUGCAAGUUUCGACUGUAAAACAAAUAAUGUAAACAAACAAUUUCGACGUAAAUAAGAAAAACUUAGAGAGAAAAUUCAAAUGAGGUAAAUGCUUAUUUUAGUGUGUAUACUAUUAUGUGAACGAAUAAUUUACAAUUCACUAGACUUGUAUUUGUCCAGCUUCAUAAAUCCAAUAUUCAUUUUCCAUUCAGAAAAACUUCAUUCUCUACUAAAAACGGUGUUUCUAAUUUCAACAAUAUACCAGACCAAAUGUGUUCCUUUUAGAAAAAAAAAUCAUCAUGGCCAACGAAUGUAUCAAGAUUGAAAUCAAUCCAGAAUCAGAAACAGAAAAGCCAAAGCAGAUUGGAUAUUGAGAAACGAUAGAGGCUUCCCUCUACUCUGGAGUUCAGAGGACACUGUAUAGUUUUAUCACCACACUGAAGCAAGAUCACUGCUAGAUGUUAUGGAACACAUAAGAAAUCAUGGAUUAUAACUAUAUGUUUUGAGGGUGACUCAAAAGUUCUGAUCGAUGUCAUCAAGAACAUAUGCAACUAUAUCUAUGUUGGUUCUUUGUCUUUUAACCAAUGUUCAUUUUGUAUAGCGGACAAACAAUACACCAGCUCAUCUCUUAGCUAAGCAUAAUCUAUCAUUCUAGUGCAUCGUCAUUAUACUUACCAUGGUGGUUGUCUAGUCUAAUGCGUUGAAUUAUAAUUUUGUAAACUCUUUCUAAUAUACAAGAAAUAAUUUUCCGUAAAAAUAGAUUAGCAGCAUAAAAAUGUGACUACAGCGACAAAAUUAUGUACUUAUGCGACAUACACGACAUAACGCAACAAUAUUACUAUUUGGUUUGGGCUUAUUCAAAAGCCCAUCAUAGCCCCAGACGAGCUGACCAACAAUCAACGCGGUUUUGAUUCACUGAAAUUUACAUUUUUACCCUUAACGUCGAAGAGGUGCAAUUAUCAUAUAUAGUAAGUAAACAACAAAAUUACAGUUUUAACCUUUAUCCUUUGCGUUCUCUACUUCUUCGUUCAAGUCUUCAACAACGACACCACCAACCACAUUUUACGUUAUCAGGGUUUCGAAAGUUCGGGUUUUUUUUUUCAUCGAAAACAGGAAGACGCAGACAUCGAACUUUCGGUGUACUUGUGUCUUUCUUCGAUUCUCUAGCUAUGCCUGCCUCGAAGAAGGUUUCCGAGAGGAACCCCAUAGAACAAGUGUUCAACAAGUUGUUGGAGGAUAUUGGAGAAGAAGAGGAGUUUUCGUUGCCGGAUUGGUUGAACGAAGGGAAACCAACUCCUUACACCUACAUCAAGCGCAAUGUACACUUGACGGAGAAAACAAAAAAAAAGGCUGAGGAUGAUGGAAUUUUCUGUACUUGUGCCUUGACCCAUGGCUCUUCUUCAGUUGUGUGUGGGAGUGAUUGUGAUUGUGGGUUGUUAAACGCAAGCUGUUCAUCCGAUUGCAAAUGUGGGAGUGAGUGUAACAAUAAGCCUUUCCAACAACGGCGUGUGAAGAAGUUAAAGCUAAUUCAAACAGACAAAUGUGGAUCAGGGAUUGUAGCAGAUGAAUACAUCCAAGAAGGAGAGUUUAUCACUGAAUAUGUAGGAGAAGUCAUAGAUGAUGUGACUUGUGCACAAAGGCUAUGGGAGAUGAAAGGCCGUGGAGAAAAAAAUUUCUAUCUGUGUGAGAUAAACAAAAAUAUGGUGAUUGAUGCCACUAAUAAGGGAAAUAAAUCGAGAUAUAUCAAUCAUAGUUGCAACCCUAAUACGCAGAUGCAGACAUGGAUAAUUGAGGGCGAGACAAGAAUCGGCAUUUUUGCCAUCUCUGACAUAAAUAAGGGAGAGCAUAUCACUUAUGACUAUCAGUUUGUUGCGUUUGGUGAAGAUCAAGACUGCCAUUGUGGAGCAAUAGGUUGCAGAAAGAAGCUUGGGGUGAAACCAAACAAACCUAAAUUAGUCUCGGAUGAAGAAACUCGUAAAAUCGUGGUAUCUGAAUUGGCUCAGCAGACACUGCCCCAGGUUCAUCAUAAUGGAGAUAUACAUGAAGGAACAUUAAUUAACAAUCUUAGUGAAGAGCAAACAUGUCCUCGUACUUGUAUUGGUGUAGUGAUCAGGUUAUCUCGCCCCACGAGCGAUAGGUGUUUUGGCAUCAUUAGACGUUUUGAUGAGGUCACAAGAAAGCACUCGGUGAUGUUUGAGGAUGGUGUUACUGAGUUUAUCGACCUGUCGAAAGAAGACUGGGAGAUUUUAUCUGACUGA